AUGUCAUGGCUCGUGCCCUCACUGCCAAGCUGGUCUCGCGGCGCCGCUCCAACCCAGGUCGAGAAGGCGACGGCGAAUAACGAUAUUGAAGAAGACGACAUUGAUGCCCCGCCCCCCUUCCCCAUGCUCAAUUCUCAUCAGAGAUCCCAGGCUCCGGCCCCUGAAGCACCCAAACCCCCGAUACCCCCCCCCACUAUUGCGCCAAUCCCGACGUUAUCAUUCGCCAUCGCCCCUCCGUCACCUACCAAGUCGACGCACGAUGACGAUGAGCCUCCUUCAGAUCUAAACAUCGCCAUCAUACCCGACAACAUACCUAUAGGGAACAUGGCCCCUCCGCCGAGUACGGUGAAGAAACCGUCCUUCGGUAUACAAAAUGGCGGACAUGAUGGAGGAGGGUUGAAAGUGGCAGAGAAACCCAAGCCCAAAGAGAAGAGGAAGGGCAAGGUAGCCCUUGCGCCGGGACAUUCUCCUCUAGACUGGGCGAGGCUGACAUCAAGUGGACAAAACUUGAGGGGUGUGCAUACAUUCCAGAGAGUCACGCUUGCAGAGCUGAAGGAGCAUAACACUCCGGACGAUGCGUGGUCGGUAUUCAACGGAAUGGUGUACAAUAUCACGCCUUACCUUCCAUUUCACCCAGGAGGAGAGGACGAGAUGAUGAGGGUUGCGGGGCGAGAUGGGACCCGUCUUUUUAUGCUCACGCAUUCUUGGGUCAAUAUGGACUUUAUGUUGAAGGAGUGUAUGGUGGGAGUCUUGGUCAAAUGA